AUGUUGGGUGUUCAGGUUAUAUCUUCUAUAUCAUCAUUGGCCACUAAUGAUGUUAUUUCUAAUGUUGAAUAUUCUUGGUCACAAGUUUCUGGUCCAGCUUUUGAUUUGGCAUCAGUUGCAGGGUAUUUAAAUAGACCACAAUUGAAAAUCCCUGGAAAGGUAGACAAGUUGUCUCUUGAUAAUGGUAUUAAAUCUGGUAAUACUUAUGGUUUUUCAUUGACUGCCAAAGUUACAACUCCUUCCUUGAGUGUUACUAUCACUGAAUCAACUACAAUUGUAGUUCAACAAGAUCCAAAAUUGACAUUCUUGUUACAAGAUGCCAACACAAAUCAAAUUAUUACAUCAGGCAUUGCUGGUAAAACCAAUUUCAAGUUGACUAUUACUGGUAAUUCUAAUCCAUAUUCUGAUUCUGAUUUUGGUUAUGGAUUUGGUUUUGCUGAUUCUGACGCCAUUACAAUUCUUACCGAGGUGUCACCAAAUCCAGCUACAUUUACUUUACCAUUACUUUCUGGUAAAAAUUCAAUUGAUCUCUAUGUUGCAACAUAUGGUUCUAAAUCCGUCAGUAUUCAAAAAUUGACUACCAUUCCACUCACCAAUCCAGUUGCAAAUUUGCCAACUAGUCAAGCUAUUACACUCAUAUCUAACCUCCUUUCCACUAAUUCGUCUGUUGGAGACUUGUUAGGUGUUGCCUCUCUAUUGAAUACAGUUUCAACAAGUGAUAAUUCUCAAAUUUCAACAAAGGCAGCCAUAAGAAAUACUAUUAUUACAUCACUCUCCAAAGAUAUUGCUUCAGGUGAUCUUGGGGCUGUAGUGAAAGUACUUGAAUCUGUCACUUCAGUUGCUGGUGAACUUACACAAACGUCUGCUAAUAAGGCCUUAGAUGCAUUAAUUGAAUCUACUCGUAAUUCUAAAUUCUCUCCUGACAUUGUUAAAUCUGUUAUUAAUGUUGCCUCAAAUGCCUUGUUAUUGACAUCUAACGACAAGUCAUCUUUAUUGGCCAAGUCCAUUGGUGCGAAAUUAACACCAGCUCUCACACUUGGUGAUGUUGUCACAGCAAGUAGCGCUAACAUUGAUUUGGCAGUUGCUAAGGGAGCUAGUUUAAUUCCUGUUGGUUCCUCUACUAUUGAAAUGGCAACUUCAAAAACUCGUUUCUUGGCAUGUUUCCUAAUUACAGACAAGUACGAAUUUAAUUAUUGCAUUCAAGCUGUUUUAGCAAAUGCUCGAACUGUACAGCCAACAAAAAAAAGAGAAUCUUCAUUGAAAAUGGUAUCUAAGGUUUAUGAUUUUAUUCCACUUUUUGAAAAUGGUACUAUAGCUGAUGGUAUUGUCAACGGUUAUAUCAAGAUUACAAUCCCAUAUUCUGGUACAAUGACUCCAAUUUGUGGAAGAUAUGAUAGGGCUACAGAGACUGUUAGUGUGGAUACAACAAUUAUUACUACUAACCAAAAUGGUUCAGUUGUUUGUCAAACAAAGAAUUUGAGUGGAAAUGUAUUGUUGGCUCCUUUGGCACAAGUAAGUGGAAGUGUCUCCAUCAGUAUGACUUUGAAGUAUUUCUCUUGCUUGAUUGUGCUUAUCUUGUUCCUUCUUUAA